AUGUACCUCAUCCUCAUCCUCAUCACCAUCGCCCUCCUCCUCUACCCCCUCCUCUCCACUCUCCACACAACCCUCCGCACCCUCUCCCUCCGCACAAUCCCCGGCCCCUUCCUCACCCGCCUCACAAAACUCUGGUACUUCCACCGCGUGCGGACCGGCCACUUCGAGACUGACAAUAUCGCCCUCCACCGGAGAUACGGCCCCGUCGUCCGCAUCGCCCCAGACCACUACAGUAUCUCCGGGCGCGCGGCCGUGAAAACCGUCUACGGGGCGGGGAGCAAGUUCGCCAAAUCCGCCUGGUACGAGGGGUGGAAGCACCCGGAUCCGGAUCGGUGGACGCUCUUCCCUGACCGGGACGAGAAAAGGCAUGCGGAAACGCGCAAGCGGUUCUCGAGCCUCUACUCCAUGAGCUCGCUGGUCCAUUACGAGGAGUUUGUGGAUCGGUGCGCGGAUCUCUUCUGCCAGCGCCUGGGGGAAUUUGCGGGCCGCCGCGAGGAGUUCAACCUCGGCCAUUGGUUCCAGUGUUAUGCGUUUGAUGUGAUUGGGGAUAUUACCUUUGGGGAGCGGUUUGGGUUCCUUGAUCGCGGAGAGGAUAUCGAGGGCACGAUUGCCGCGCUGCAGCGGCUGAUGACGUACAGUACCCUUGUGGGCAUAUACCCCGAGUGGCAUCCUCGGCUUUUCGGGCCACUGAGCCGCUUCAGUUGGUCUGGGGCGGGAGGGAGAGCGUAUAUCAUGCGAUUCGUCCAGGAGAAGAUCAGGGGCCACGCUGGACCAAAGGCUGGCUUAGGACGGGCUGAGCAGGGGGCUCUGAAGACGCAGAACUUUGUCGAGAAGAUGAUCCUGGCGCGGGGCAAGGAUCCAGAAAAGGUGACGGAUUAUCAUGUGUUCAUGAUGGGGUUGUCGAACGUCAUUGCUGGCUCGGACACCACUGCCAUCAGUCUGUCGGCCAUCAUGUAUCAUCUCCUGCAUUAUCCCGAGGUCAUGGAGAAACUCAGGCGCGAGAUCGACGAGUUUACCGCACAGGGAAAGUGCAGUGACAGGGUCACCUUCAAAGAGAGUCAGGAGACGCCGUAUUUCCAGGCCGUCAUCAAGGAGGCGCUGCGCAUGCACAGUGCCACUGGCUUGCCGCUGUGGAGGGUGGUUCCAGACGGCGGUGCCGAGAUCAACGGCUAUUUCUUCCCUGCCGGUACGGUGGUGGGGAUCAACACCUGGGUGGCCCAUUACGAUGAGGAAGUCUUCCCAGACGCAGAGAGAUUCCGUCCGGACAGAUGGAUUGAGGCCGAGAGUAAUCCGGAGAAGCUCAAAGCCAUGAACGAGAUGCACAUGCCUUUCGGCCUCGGGUCUAGGACGUGUCUUGGGAAGCACAUCUCCAUUCUGGAAAUGUCGAAACUCAUCCCGCGGAUCAUCCGAGACUUUGAUUUUAGUACGGGGCCUGAGAAAUGGGAGACGGAGAACUCGUGGUUUGUGAAGCCGACCAACUUUACUGUCCGGGUUAGACAGAGACCGCGGCUCGCAGAUGAGUGA